AGUCACAGGAGCCGCGCGAGUCAAACCGUGCAAGGUUUCCCGCACGCGUUUCGUAAGAGCACACGAUAGUAAAACGAGAAUUGGGAACACCCCCCGAUUAAGUAGCAGAUUGUGGGGAAUUUCUUCCCACUUGGAAAGAAGCUUUCUUUCUGGGACACUUGCAGUCGGACCUCCAAGUCAGCACGAAACGUCUGCCACUGCCCCCGAACGCGUCGAUCCGCUGUUGGAGGAACUUCUCCACUGAAGAAAUUACAUUUUAUUUUAUUUUUUUGUUCCAGCAAUCAGUUUUCCACAGAUCCAUUCAUGUGCUGCUGAGCUAAAAAAGGCUGCAAAAUGAAGAUGGGGCUGUUUCUAGCAGCGGCUGCGCUCCUCGCAGCGCUGAUGUCCUCAGCGGACGCGCAAGUUCAACCCCCCUCUGACUUGAAAUUUAAAAUUUUAAAUGAGAACUCAGUGGAGAUGUCAUGGAGGAGACCUGUAACUCCAAUACAGGGUUACAGAGUACAAGUGGUGUCAGACACAGAUGAACCUGCCAGGGAGUUAAAUCUUCCAGCUUCUGCUACUCAAACAUCCAUCACGAAUCUGACUCCUGAUCUAGAUUAUGUAGUUACAAUAACUUCAUUUUACGGGGCGGAGGAAAGCAUUCCCAUCUUUGGCCAGCUUACCAUUCAAUCCAGUGACACGUAUGCGACGCGGAAGCCCCAGGUGUCGGAUGCAGUCACAUGCUCUGUCAGCGCCAUCACAGACCUGGUCUUCCUGGUGGACGGCUCCUGGAGCGUGGGACGGGAGAAUUUCAAGUACAUCCGUGGCUUCAUGGCGGCCAUGGCCGGCGCUUUCGACAUCGGGGAGGACAAGACCAGGGUGGGCGUGGUCCAGUACAGCACCGACACGCGGACGGAGUUCAACCUGAACCAGUACUUCAAACGGGGCGAGCUGCUUCGCGCCAUAAACACCUUACCUUAUAAGGGCGGCAACACCAUGACAGGUGACGCCCUGAAUCAUCUGCUGAAGAACACCUUCACGGAGGCAGCCGGGUCCAGGAAGUCAUUUCCCAAAGUGGCCAUGAUCAUCACAGAUGGGAAAUCGCAGGACCCAGUGGAGGAACAUGCAAGGAAGCUCAAGAACAUUGGGGUGGAGGUUUUCGUCUUGGGCAUCAAAGGAGCAGAUGAGGAUGAACUGAAGGAGAUAGCUUCCACGCCUUAUAAGAACCACGUCUUUAAUGUCCCCAACUUUGACUUGAUCAAGGAGGUGCAGCGGCAGCUUAUUAAUGAAGUGUGUGCUGGAGUUGAAGACCAGCUCGCAUCCCUUGUGAGUGGAGAAGAAGUGGUUGAACCGGCUUCAAACCUUCAAGUGACUGAGAUAUCGUCCAAGUCCAUGCGCGUCACCUGGGAUGCGUCCCCUGGAGAUGUGACAGGGUACAAACUGCAGCUGCUCCCCAUGCUGGCUGGGAUCAAGCGGCAGGAGCUGUACGUUGGCCCCACGCUGACCUCAGUCACCGUCAGGGACCUGGCACCCGAAACUGAGUAUGAGAUUAGCCUGUUCGCCUUGAAGGGCUUGACACCCAGUGAAGCCAUAAUGGCCAUGGAGAAGACCCAGCCCAUCAAGGUGUCCUUGGAAUGUUCCCUUGGAGUGGAUGUACAGGCAGAUGUUGUCCUCCUGGUUGAUGGCUCAUACAGCAUUGGAUUGGCCAAUUUUGCCAAAGUUAGAGCUUUUCUGGAAGUGCUGGUGGAAUCCUUUGACAUCGGACCCAACAAAGUUCAGAUCAGCUUGGUGCAGUACAGCAGGGAUCCACACACCGAAUUUGCCCUGAACACGCACCAUGACCGCAGCGCAGUGCUCAGGGCAGUGAGGACCUUCCCCUACAGAGGAGGCUCCACCAACACAGGCAAAGCCAUGACAUACGUGAGGGAGAAGAUCUUCGUGUCCUCCAGAGGAGCGCGCAGCAACGUGCCACGGGUCAUGAUUCUAAUUACGGAUGGAAAGUCCUCCGACGCCUUCAAGGACCCGGCCACCAAACUGAGGAACACUGAUGUGGAGAUCUUCGCUGUAGGUGUGAAGGAUGCCGUCCGCUCUGAGCUGGAGGCCAUCGCAAACCCACCUGCAGACACGCACGUCUACACAGUAGAGGACUUUGAUGCCUUCCAGAGGAUUUCCAAGGAGCUAACUCAGUCCAUCUGCCUGAGGAUCGAACAGGAACUCCUCAACAUUAAAAUGAGAAAAUUAAUCUCACCGGAGUCCCUGCAGUUUUCCGAGGUGACUUCUAGAAGCUUCCGCACCACCUGGGACUUCAAAGGGACGGACGCUCUGUCCUUCCUGGUUCGCUUUAAGCCCUCGGCGGACGUGAUGGGGGAUUAUGUCACCCUCUUCAUUCCAGCCGGCACCUUGUCUGCCGUCCUGCCUCACCUUACUCCCUUUACCAAGUACGAGGUCAACGUGUUUGCCCAGUACGAGCAAGGGGACAGCUUCCCCCUGACUGGAGAGGAAACAACACUGGAGGAACAAGGCACAGUGAGGCGGCUAAGGGUAUCGGAUGAAACGACAGACAGCUUCCGGGUCUCCUGGCAGGCCGCCCCAGGGUCUGUGCUGAGAUACCGGUUGACCUAUGUGCCGGUCCAAGGUGGCGUGGAGAUGCAGGAGGCGUUCACUGAAGGGCCGCUCACCUCCAUUGUUCUUCAGGAGCUGUUCCCCAUCACCACCUACCGCGUGUCUGUGUCUGCGGAGUAUCAGUCUGGACCGGGACAGCAAAUGUUCACCGAAGGCACUACCAAAGAAGCACGGGGGUCCCCUCGAAACCUGCGGGUCUUCAACGAGACCGUGUCCAGCAUGCGGCUGUCGUGGCAAGCUGCACCGGGAAGGGUACAGCAGUACCGUGUGGCAUAUAAACCGUCCGCCGGCGGAGAGGGCAAGGAGAUGAUGGUGAGAGGUGACACCACCAAUGCCCUUCUGAAGAACCUGGAGCCCGAUACGGAGUACGAGCUCUUCGUCAGCGCGCGCUACACCUCAGGCCUUGGCGACCCGCUGAUGGGAAGCGGAACCACCCUGGAAGAACUGGGUUCCCCUAAAGAUCUGGUCACCAGAGAUGUGACAGACACCAGCUUUGCCGUGCUGUGGACCGCUGCCCCUGGCAACGUGCUGCGUUACCGUGUCACGUGGCAGUCACUGUUCAGUGACGAGUCUGGAGAGAAGACCGUCCCUGGCGAUGUGACCAACACCGUACUGGACAGGCUUACCCCGGAAACUCGAUACCAGGUCUCCGUCUACGCCACCUACCGCCGUGGAGAGGGGGAGCCACUCGUCGGAGAAGAGACCACAGAUGUUUCUGCUGCAGGGAAAGCUCUGGUGGUCUCGGACGAGACUGAGAGAACCCUGAAGGCCACCUGGAAGCCCGCUCCGGGCAAAGUGGUGAACUACCGGGUCUCGUACCGGCCCGAGGGCAGCCAGACGCGGCCGAUGGUCGCCAAGGUGCCCGGCACCAACACCUCCACCAUCCUGAGGCGGCUGCAGCCCAUGACCACCUAUGACAUCACGGUGGUGCCCGUCUACAAGCAGGAAGAAGGAAAAGCAAGGCAAGGAGUAGGACGGACACUCUCACCGUACAAGUCGCCAAGAAACCUGCAGACAUCUGAGCCCACCAAGCACAGUUUCCGGGUCACCUGGGAUCACGCCCCAGGAGAUGUGCGUGGCUACAAGGUGACCUUCCACCCCGCGGGUGACGAGGUAGACCUGGGUCAGCUGCUUGUUGGGCCCUAUGACAACACCGUGGUGCUGGAGGAACUGAGGGCUGCAACCAAGUAUACAGUGAGCGUGUUCGGAAUGUUUGACGGAGGUGAAAGCAUGCCAUUGGCUGGGGAGGAGAAGACCACCCUCUCUGAUGGGCCAGAUCCCCCACCAUUCACUGUGCCAGAGGUGGCGUGCAGGACCACCGCUCAGGCUGACAUCGUCCUUCUGGUGGAUGGGUCAUGGAGUAUCGGGCGUCUGAACUUCAAGACUAUCCGAUCAUUCAUCGGCCGCAUGGUGGGAGUGUUCGACAUUGGACCGGACAGAGUGCAAAUCGGUCUCGCUCAAUAUAGUGGUGACCCCAAAACUGAAUGGCACCUGAACACUCAUAAAACUCGGGAAUCGUUGUUGGAAGCCGUAGCCAACCUACCUUACAAAGGAGGCAACACCUUGACAGGUCUGGCUUUAAAUUACAUCCUUCAGAACAACUUUAAGCCUAAUGUUGGAAUGCGGCCAACCGCCCGCAAAAUUGGAGUGCUCGUCACUGACGGCAAGUCACAGGAUGACAUCAUCGUUAACUCCCAGAAGCUACGUGAUGAGGGCAUCGAGCUCUAUGCCAUCGGUGUCAAGAAUGCUGACGAGAACGAGCUUCGGUCCAUCGCCUCAGACCCGGACGAAAUCCACAUGUAUAACGUGGCUGACUUCUCCUUCCUCCUCGACAUUGUGGACAGUCUCACAGUCAACCUUUGUAACAGCGUGAAGGGCUCAGAUGCUGGAGUAGGGGCACCUACAGACCUGGUGACCUCUGAGGUGACCCAUACCUCCUUCCGGGCCACUUGGACUGGACCCAGUGAGCCGGUUGAUAGAUACCGCAUACAGUACAUGACGGUUUCUGGAACCCAACCUAGAGAGAUGUUUGUUUCGGGGACAGUGACCACUGCUGUGUUGAAGAGCCUGACCCCCUUGACAGAGUACAUCGUCAAUGUUUAUGCUAUGCUUGAGGAUCAGACCAGUGAGCCAUUGAAAGGCACUGAAACUACCUUGCCCCUUCCCUCUGUGAGGAGGAUGACGGUCUAUGACGAACAGCCUACCACCAUGAGAGUACGCUGGGAGGCUGCCGCCGGUGCUACAGGGUACCUGCUGCAAUACAUCGCCAUAAAUGCCACCGUACCCACCACACAGAAAGAGCUGCGAGUCGGCCGAGAUGUGACCACAACCCUCCUGGAGAGCCUCAUCCCCAACACAGCAUACACACUGUCCAUCUUUGCCCUUCACAGUGGUGCAACCAGCGACCCUCUGGCCGACCAGGGUGUCACCUUACCUCUGCCCACUGGAAAUCUGAGGAUCACGGACGUCACCCACAGUACCAUGAAUCUCGACUGGGAUGCCGCGCCAGGGAACGUGCGCAAGUAUAUCAUCACAUACAAGCAUGAGGACGGAGAGGCUAAGGAGACCGAAGUCUCAGGUCAUGUGACGACCACGGUGCUUCGUGACCUUAUCUCCCAAACCGAGUACGAUGUGGCAGUCACCCCAGUGUACGAUACAGGAUCGGCUAACCCAAUGCUCGGACAUGCUGUGACUGGCGUUGUCCCUGCCCCCAGUAACCUAAGGUUCUCAGAUGUUACCUUGAGCAGCUUCAUCGCCCAUUGGGAGCAUGGUGCCCCUGAUGUGGCCCUCUACCGAAUCAAAUGGGCCAAGCAUGGCCAAGAUGACUUUCAAUAUUCCAUCCUGAACAAUGACGACACCUCCUACUUGCUGGAAUACCUGGAUUCCGACACGCUGUAUGACGUGUUCAUCACAGCCAUCUACCCCGAUGAGUCGGAGAGCGAGGACCUGAUGGGCAGCCAGCGCACAUUGGCAGACAUUCCUACGCCUGCACCAACAGGCCCCCCCCAGAACCUGCAGGUCUACAAUGCCACCACCACCUCCCUGACAGUGAAAUGGGACCAUGCCCCAGGCCGCGUCCAGAACUACCGCAUCACCUACAGACCGGAGGAGGGGGGCAGGCCCCAGAUGACCCAAAUCGGAGGCAAGAAGAACAGCGUGGUCCUGCAGAAGCUGACUCCCGACACGCCCUACUUCAUCACCGUGGCGGCGAUAUACGCUACCGGCGAAAGCAAAGACAUUUCUGGCGGGGGCAAGACAAAGCCAUUGGGUGGAGUGAGGAACCUCCAGGUUACUGAUCCCACCACCAGCACACUCAGGGUGACCUGGGAGCCGGCAGAAGGCAACGUCCGCCAAUAUCGCAUUUUCUACGUUCCGGCCACAGGGGGCGAUGAGGAACAGACGCAGGUCUCCGGGACCACCACCAACACGGUCCUGAGAAACCUCAUGCAGGACACCAUCUACACCGUGACUGUGGUGCCGGUCUAUGCCUUGGGCGAGGGAAAGCGCAUGUCGGAGAACGGAAAGACCCUCGUGCGCUCGGCACCCAGGAACAUUCAGGUGUACAACCCCACCACCAACACCCUGAAUGUGCGAUGGGAGCCCGCAUCAGGACAAGUGCAGCAGUAUCGAGUCUCCUAUGCUCCGCUGACUGGGACCAGGCCCUCAGAAUCUGUCUUGGUCCCAGGAAAUACCCACAAUACCUUGCUGCAGCAGCUGAUCCCUGACACGGAGUACUCGGUCAAUGUGGUGGCUCUGUACGCUGACGGAGAGGGACCAUCGGUCGCAAGUGAUGGCACCACAUUGCCCCGCAGUGCGCCGAGGAACCUCCGCGUCUACGACCCUACCACCAGCACCCUGAGCGUGAGUUGGGAUCAUGCCGACGGGCCCGUCCAACAAUAUCGCAUCGUCUACGCCCCCACCACUGGUGAUCCCAUUGAGGAAAAUGUAUCUGUCCCUGGGAACAGAAACAGUGUCAUCCUGCAGAACCUGCAGCCGGACACCCCCUACACCAUCACCGUGGUGCCCAUAUAUGCUGACGGCCCAGGAGGCGAGCUCACAGGACCGGGCCACACAGUUGGCCUCCUGGAGCCUCGAAACCUGCGCGUCUCUGACGAGUGGUAUACCCGCUUCCGCGUGUCCUGGGACCCUGCACCCUCCCGCGUCACUGGUUACAAGCUGAUCUACCAGCCCCAAGAUAAGGACGAGACCAUGGAGGUGUUCGUUGGGGACGUGACUUCGUACGUCCUCCACAAUUUGCAACCUGGCACCACAUAUGACCUCAAGGUCUAUGCCCAGUAUGACGCUGGUCUGAGUGGAGCCUUAGUUGGACAAGGAACGACAUUGUACUUGAACGUCACUGACCUGGUGACGUACAACGUCGGCUAUGACAAGUUCUGCAUCCGAUGGACGCCCCACAGAGCAGCCACCUCCUACAGAAUCAAGCUCAACCCCUUUGACCCGUCGAAGCGAGGCCAGCAGGAGAUCACUAUCACAGGCUCAGACAGCCAGUACUGUUUCGAAGGCCUCUCCCCGGACUCCUUGUACAAUGCCACCGUCUUUGCCCAGACGCCCAAUCUGGAAGGCCCUGGAGUGAGCGCUAAGGAGCGGACUUUGGUGAAGCCCACAGAACCUCCAACGCUGCCCCCAACUCCGCCCCCACCUGCCACAAUCCCUCCUGCUAUGGAAGUGUGCAAAGGCGCCAAGGCUGAUCUGGUGUUCCUCAUCGAUGGGUCAUGGAGUAUUGGAGACGACAACUUCAACAAGGUUUUGAAUUUUGUGUUCAACACCAUCGGCGCCCUCGAUGUCGUAAACCCUCAGGGAAUGCAGAUAUCAUUCGUGCAGUACAGCGACGACGCCAAGACAGAGUUCAAACUCAACACCUAUCAUGACAAGGGGACGGUGUUAGCUGCCCUGCAACUUGUCCGUUACAGGGGAGGAAACACCAAAACAGGGGUGGCCCUCAAACACGUUGGUGAGAAGGUCCUCACCACGGACAACGGCAUGCGGAGGAACGUGCCCAAGGUCUUGGUGGUUGUCACGGACGGCCGCUCUCAAGAUGAAGUGAAGAAGAGUGCUUCAACGCUGCAGCAUAUGGGUUACAGCCUAUUUGUUAUCGGCGUAGCUGAUGUGGAUUUCGCCGAGUUGCGUAAUAUCGGCAGCAAGCCGAGCGAACGACACGUCUUCAUUGUGGACGAUUUCGACGCCUUCGCAAAGAUUCAGGAUAAUCUCAUCACGUUCAUCUGCGAAACAGCUACAUCCACUUGUCCUUUGAUUUUCCUGGAUGGAUUUACAUCACCGGGCUUCAGGAUGCUAGAGGCUUUCAACCUCACUGACCGGACGUACGCCGCCGUCAAAGGCAUCUCCAUGGAACCAGGUUCCUUCAACAGUUAUGUAACCUACCGGCUGCACAAGAACGCCGCCCUCUCCCAACCCACAAAGGAGAUUCACCCAGAGGGUCUGCCACCGACCUACACGAUCAUCCUCCUCUUCCGUCUCCUCCCGGAUACACCCACAGAGGCUUUCGACAUUUGGCAGAUCUCAGACAGCGGCAACAAACCGGAAGUCGGAGUCACCGUCGACCCAUCCAGUAGGACAAUCACAUUCUACAACAAGGACACCAGGGGCGAGGUACAGAGAGCUACAUUCGAUAGCGAACCAGUGAGAAAGAUCUUCCACGGAAGCUUCCAUAAGCUGCACAUGACCGUCACUCCGAAGAGCGUCAAACUCAACGUGGACUGCCAGACGGUGGCCGAAAAGGAGAUUAAGGAGGCCAGAAACGUGUCUGUGGAUGGCACUGAGACCCUGGGAAAGAUGAGGAAUUCGAAAGGUUCAGCAACAUUCCAGCUCCAGAUGUUCGACAUCGUCUGCAGUGCGGGCUGGACCAGCAGGGACAGAUGUUGCGACCUGCCAUCGACGAGAGAUGAGGCGAAAUGUCCCUCUCUUCCCCACUCCUGCACAUGUGCUCAGGAUAGCAUCGGACCUCAAGGACCCCCAGGACCUCCGGGUGGUCCUGGUACAAAAGGACCCCGCGGCGAAAGGGGAGACCUCGGCCCGUCUGGUCCCAUGGGCCCACGGGGGGAACUGGGCCUGCCAGGACCAAUGGGGCCACCAGGCCCACAAGGACCCAACGGGUUGUCUCUUCCCGGCGAGCCGGGCCGCCCGGGACCCAAAGGAGACACUGGUGAUCCCGGUCAACCUGGACGCCAAGGUCCACCUGGACAAGCUGGUUCUGUAGGCCCGGUUGGACCAAUCGGACAAAGGGGGCCCGCUGGAAAAGAAGGACCCGCUGGACCGAGGGGGCCCUCAGGUCCAAUGGGAAGCCCCGGAGCUCCUGGGAUGCCAGGACCUACUGGAAAACCCGGAAAGCCUGGAGACACAGGGCACCCUGGAGCCAUUGGCCUGAAAGGAGAGAAGGGCGAAAGGGGGGACUUUGCGUCUCAGAACAUGAUGCGCUCCAUAGCCAGACAAGUCUGUGAGCAGCUGGUCAACAGUCAAAUGAGCAGGAUCGACAUGAUGUUGAACCAGAUCCCCAACGGCUACCGUAGCAACAGUCCUGGUCCUGCUGGACCUCCUGGGCCUCCUGGGAGUACUGGGUCUCGUGGCGAGCCAGGUCAGCCUGGAAGAAGUGGCUUUCCGGGAACUCCAGGUUUGCCUGGGCAGCAGGGAGAGAGAGGGGCACCUGGGGAAAAGGGUGAACGAGGUAGUCCUGGGACUGGAAUCCGAGGACAGAGAGGCCCAUCCGGACCACCUGGCCCACAAGGCGAGUCGCGAACAGGACCUACAGGCCCCACGGGCUCCUCCGGGCCUCCUGGACCCCCAGGUCGUCAGGGAUCCCACGGCAUCCGGGGUCCACCUGGUCCCCCCGGAUACUGUGACUCUUCCCAGUGUGUGGGCAUCCCUUACAAUGGACAAGGUUACCCAGGUUCGGCAUAAGUUCAUUUUAUAAGCCGCCUGCGCUGCUUUCACUCUGAAACCCGGCAACACAAACAAAAAGUCCUGUUUCUGUGCUCAUGUGCUUAUGAGGGGCUAUGGAUAGCCACCGUGGAUGUGAUUAACGAACGCGGCUGACCACCGUGAAGGGAACCGACUGGUACUAACAACACUUUUACAGCAGACAUCAUGGCCUAGUGGGCAUGUUUGCAUCUUGAGCCCACACAGCAAGCAGAAAGAGAGGGAAAUAGAGAGAGAGAGAAGCAGCUUCUCUCGUGGAAGGAGCAUGUAAAACUACUAACAAGGAGGAUUUAUAACCAAGAGCAACAGUGUUAACAUGGUAAACGUUGAGAUGAAAUCUGUAAAUAAACUAAUUGUGCAUUGUAAAUGAUUUUUCGUUUUCAAAUGAGUUAACAUCCGUAAUGAGCUUGUGCCUUAUAACCUGCUGCUUGCUGAAUGCUCACAUAACCUUCUCAUUCAAGCCUGAUGUGACAUAUCCACCCUCUGCUCGGUCCAGACUGAAGCACGCAAUGUUUGUAUAUUAUAAUCCUGGGGCUCUUUGUAAUACCAUUUACUAAGAUUUUGUACGGUGCUUUUCUCUGUUGUUUUUUCUGUUUGUUUUCUUUGCUAUGAUAAAUUUAUUUCUAAAAGGUACUAAACACUACAGAAUAAUUCAGGGGUGAUUUUUGUAUCAAAUCCUGCGAGGGUUUAAAUUACAUGUUAGUCAGUCAUUUGCUUUUUUUUUUUAUGGGAAUGUGGUUGUACCUGAAGAGUCUUUAAAUGCUUGGUAGUCUGUUGUGUGAUCAAUACUUACCGCAGUGCCUUACUUGAGAAUUAUUACGGACACUCACCUGUCACAGCCACACAAUUUGGCUUUUAUGUAAAAGACUUGUAUCCUAGAGUGGGAUGGUUGCCACUGAGUAAUGCAGCCAAAAGCCAGAAGUGAUGGUAUUUCUGCAUGCAGAGUUGCUGAUUAAAUGCAUGUUCAUUUGGCCAAAACGAUAUUUCCAACCAGACCGCUUCCAGCCCGGGCCUGAAACCUACGUAGUGCCAAUCCCAGUGGAACCCUCAGAAGAUUAUGAAACAGAAAUUCAGUCUCCUGGUUACUCACGAAACCAGCGUGGAAAGCGCUCGCUAUCAAGAGUGGGAUCCCAAAGGAUAGC